UUACGGUACAUAAUGACGUACGCCUAACCUAGCUUCAAGUAAGGUUAUUUGACGUGUAAACCAAAGGUAGAAAACAAAGCAACAAGUGUUUUAGUGUUUUACGAUAAAAAAUUAUUGAUUAUGGCUCGUUAUUUUCGAGAAGAAGAUAUAGACGAGUUUAGGGAAUGUUUCUAUUUGUUUGCAAGAAACGGUCAAAUACGUACUCUGGAUGAACUUACGAUUAUUAUGAGAUCGUUAGGAUUAAGUCCUACUAUUGCCGAGUUGAAUAAAUACUUAAAAGACAAAGGUGGAAAAAUGUCGUUUGCCGAUUUCUUGGAAGUGAUGCAUUUACAGACCAGAGCGGAAGAUCUACCGAAAGAAGUAAUACAAGCUUUCCAAGCUGCGGAUAAAUCUCGAAGCGGCACUAUACCCGCUCGUCAAUUAGCUCACAUGUUGCUUCGUUGGGGCGAACAACUGAGCAGUAAAGAAGUCGAACAAAUCUUUCGAGAGGCUAACGUGUCUUCCAGUGGACACGUUAAAUACGAAGACUUUGUAAAAAUAGCAUGUGCUCCGGUACCAGAUUACUAUUAGGGACCGAUAAUUUCUAUACUUUUAUGAAACUUUUUCUACUGCACAGA